AAGGCCAGCUGGUCUAGACAAAUAGGAGCAGAAUGGAAGAGCCGAUGCAUUUAGAUCUUUCUUUGAACCAUAAACUGUAGAACUAUUUUUCUAGGGUGCAUUAUAUAAAUAAAUAAGUGUACAAACUAUUUACAAUAGGGACAGAAGUCACCAAAGGCCUAAAAAAGCUUAAAACAUGUUUAGACCGAUCUUCGUUCUUGCGAUGGAAGGCCAAUCACUCAGCAAGCCAUCCAAAGUGUAGGUCGCUGCCCUCAUCAUAUAUCCUAUCUCUUGAGAGUAAAGCCAUAACCUUACCUACUACACACAAACACGCGCUUGCAGCCGCGCACACACAAACAAAAGCACGGUGCACCUGGUUACUGUUUGAUACACAUUUUGUGGGUAGCCAUACACGUGUGUUGAUAGUAAAUAGUAAUAUUAGACAUCUUAAAACUAGCAAACAAACCAAAUAUUUGCACACUAUUGGUUACCUAUACACAUGUUCAUGUACUCGUUAGAUAGUCCGUAUUUACAGGUUCAAUUUCAUACUUCACAUCUUUAUAUUUCAGUUUCAUACUUUACAUCUUGCUAUUUCAGUUUCAUACUUUACAACCUAGUUUCAGUUUCUUACUUGUACGUACUUCAUAAGUUGAUAAAGGAAUUAAUACAUGCAUGCAAAUAGCAACAACAACUAAAAUUGUGUACACAUGGAAGCCCAAAAGUUUAGUUUACGUUAACUUUCAAGAAAGACAAUCUCUUCGUAAAGUGAUCACUUUUUAGAAAAGUGUAUUGCGCAACAUACAACAAAAGUACAAUUUUCUAAAUCAACAUACUUUCUAGGUGCCAUAAAAAAUACUUUCUAGGUUGUGCUGAACAUGCAAAAUGAGGAGAUAUUCUCAUCCACCAAGUAUUUGUGACAUGUGUGUUUCUUAUAUAUUUUGAUUUGUAUUUAUUUUAUCAAUCGACUUAGCUAUUCCAAAGUGCAAGAUACAAAAAGAAGCAUCUCACUUGAAACUUAAUUAUACAGUAGCAUGUAUAUAUGCCAAUAAGUCAAUAAUUUUAUAUUUUAAAAACAUUAUAUAUCACCCCUUUCGAAAAUUUUAGUUAUUUUGUUUACUCACAGUUCAAUGCUUUCACUAUUCUUCACAUCAAACGCUUGACAAUUAAUUAGAAAACAUGGAAAAUAUUGUUCGAUAUCAUGUACCAGCACUUCUCAUUAAUUCAUGGAAUAACUUUAAGGUUAUGGCUAAUUAUCUUAUUAACAUCAAAAUAUUUGUUUGAAAGCACUUACUAAUCAGAUGUUUGAAUGUAUGCUUAUAUCGACAACAACAACAUAUAUUUAUCAAUUUUACAAAACUACACUAUUGUCUGUGAGAGGUACAGUUUGCUCACAUGUGCAAAACAAUGUCAAUGCCACACAUAGAGACAACUAGACCAAUAACUGUAAAAGAAAAAGACAAGCAAGUGAAAGAAGCCAUCUAAGGAAGAAAGAAACAAGCCACAAAAAGUAAUAUAUAGUAACGGUUGAUAUUAGUAUAUAUAAAUAGCUAUAGGUGUUAUCCAAACACAUAUCAACAAGGACAACUUUAACACAAUAGUGUCCCUAAAUUGAUUGCACACCUAUAUUCAAGUCUUUCCAUGGAGAAGGUACAAGUUUUCAUCGUCGGAGCGGGUCCUUCUGGGCUUGCCACAGCAGCAUGCCUAAGCAAACUCUCUAUACCAUAUAUCAUCGCUGAGCGUGAAGAUUGUAUUAUGUCAUUAUGGCAGAAAUACACAUAUGAUCGCCUCAAGCUCCACAUCGCCAAAGAGUUUUGUGAGCUACCCCACAUGGCAUACCCAACUGAUUCGCCGACGUACCUUCCCAAAGACCAGUUUUUAAGGUAUAUGGAGGAUUAUGUCAAGCACUUCAAUAUAUCCCCGAAGUUUAACACUUCAGUUGAGUCAUGCAUGUACGAUGAGGUGAGGAAAUGUUGGGUUGUCACGACACAUAACAAGGUGGAUGGCCCAACUAUGUAUGCAUCCAACUUCUUGGUUGUAGCAACAGGUGAAAAUAGUAUGGGAUAUGUUCCAGAGAUCGUUGGCCUACAAAGCUUUCCUAGUGAAACAAUCCACUCAUCAAGUUACAAGUCCGGAAAUGAUUAUGUUGGGAAAAGCGUGCUUGUUGUUGGAUGUGGGAACUCUGGCUUUGAGAUUGCCCAUGAUCUUGCAGUGCAUGGAGCUAACACUUCCAUCAUUAUCCGUAGUCCGUUGCAUGUUAUGACAAAGGAGUUGAUCCACCUGGGCAUGGUGCUCUCAACGUGGCACCUUCCACUGAAGCUUGUAGAUCUUAUUCUUAUGAUCGUCGCAUAUAUCUUAUUAGGUGAUUUAUCAAAGUAUGGAAUUGUGAGGCCUAAUAUUGGUCCACUCACCCUAAAAGCAAAAACUGGUCGGUCUGCUGUCAUAGACACUGGCACCACUAAGCUAAUAAAAAAAGGUGAUAUCAAGGUAUUCGGUCCAAUAUCAUGCAUUCGAGGAAAUCUCAUAGAGUUUGCAGAUGGGAAUGAGAGGUACUAUGACGCUAUUGUGUUUGCCACAGGUUACAAAAGCACCGCCAAUAUAUGGCUCAAGAACGACAUGGGUAUGCUAAAUAGUGAUGGCAUACCCAAAAAAGACUUCCCCAACCACUGGAAAGGUGCAAAUGGACUCUACAAUGUCGGAUUUGCAAGGAGGGGAUUGGCUGGUAUUGCACAUGAUGCCAAUAUUGUUGCAAGUGACAUCCAUACCAACAUAGAAAUGACAUAUUUUAAUUAGACUCUCCUAGUACUUUAUCACAUUUUCUAGAUCAUUCAUCCUAAAAAUGAUCUCCGAAAAUGUCAUAGCUUGGUUUGUUGUUAAGUAUUUAUUUUUGUGAAGUUGAUUUUAUUGGAAGGGACGCAAUAAUGUAUUAUACUUGAAGUAUUAUAUUGUACUUUUAUUAUGCCAA